UGCGAACAACCAACGUAGCCCCUCACUUCUACACUUCCAACACCCACAUCUAUAAUCUAUAACCAAGUAACCCGCGUAUACAAGCAUGGACUCCGUCAAAAACAAAGUCUACGCCGUCACCGGCGUCGCAGGGAUCGGCCUAGCCGUCGCGCAGCAACUGCACGCCCGCGGCGCGCGCCUCUCCCUCGCCGACAUCGACGCCAACGCUCUAACCAGCGCAUUCGCGAAACUCGGCUCCGACAGCGAGACGGUCCUGACAACAGUCGUGGACGUGGGGUCCUCCACGUCCGUGGAUGCGUGGAUCGAGGCCACGGUGCAGAAGUUCGGGCGGCUGGACGGCGCGGCGAACAUGGCGGGGACGAUUGGGCGGAAACAUGGGGUGGGGAAGCUCGUGGAGCAGGAUGACGAGGAGUGGGAUUUUCUGCUUAGGGUGAAUCUCACGGGGUUGAUGUAUUGUCUGCGGGCGGAGGUGAGGAGUAUUGCGGCGACGGCGGGGGAGGGGAGUAUUGUCAAUGCGACGAGUAUUCAGGGGCUGAGGGGAUUUGCGCUGCAUGCGGCGUAUUCGACGACGAAGCAUGGGGUUGUGGGGUUGACGAAGAGUGUGGCGAAGGAGGUUGGCCCGGCUAUUAGGGUUAAUGCGAUUGCUCCGGGGGUAAUCCAGACGCCGUUGCUUGACAAGGCUCGUGAUAUUCAGGGUACGCUGAAUGCUAUGCCCACGAUUAUCCCGCGCAUUGGCACGGCGGAUGAAGUCGCGCAGUCUGUGCUGUUUCUGCUGAGUGAUGCCUCGUCGUAUACGAGUGGUUUGGUUCUGAAUGUCGACGGUGGUUGGGAUCCUUGAGCGGGAUCUGAUCUAUGAGGUGUAGUUAACACAUGAGCAAUGUAUGUCAUCAUUUAUCAAGUAGCGAAAGGGUA